CUUGCAAGGCAUGACAACCCUGAAAUAUAACUGUAAGUGCAAAAUUUUCCGCGUGCAUUCUUUUAAUUUAUUUAAAAAAUGUACGUAAAAUUUAAGUUGGAGUCUGAGGGAAACUCAACGCUGCCGCUACUUUUGCCAAUAGAUGAUGAUGCGACAGUUUAUGAGCUGAAGCUGCUACUGGAACCGUCCAUAGGCAUCCCAGCAGAUCUGCAGCAGAUUUACUCGCUUGGAAAAACCAUUGGCGACCAAUGCAAGUUGUCUGCAGUCCUGGAUCAUCAAGUGGCUGAAAUCAACGGGACGGCUGUCUCGCUGUACAAAAUGAAGGAAUUCGUCUGCUUUCUGCAAUUCCAGUGCUACAAUCAGAAGAAAGGAGAACCGGAGACUAGAAAUUUGACCAUAGAGAAAGAAAAAAGGGCGCGUCUUUCCAAGGAGAAUUUGGACUUGCAUCGUGUGCGACUCGUAUGCGAUCCAGUAAAUACGGCAAUUGUACCAGAGACAGAGAAAGCUACAUGUUCUUCUGGGUGUAUUAGAAUCGAGCCUCACGGGUCUCAUAUCACCCAACCUGGAGUUGCUGAGGACACCACAGGUGUGAAGGAUACAGCCGAAACAGUAGUUGCAUGUAGCGCAAAAAAAAGACUGAGCGAAGAUGACGAACUUAUAUAUGCCGGUGUAAUGCCAGAAAAGCGUAAAUUUGUUUUGGUGAUCAAUGAAACCGACUCAACGUCUGGAUUCGACUCUCUUAUGGACCAUUUUCAUGGGCUCUUUGACAAAUUCGAGGACAGCGAUACCCUCCAGUUCAGCGAGAGCGACUCUGUAAAUGUAUUUGGUAAUAAUUUAAUGAUUAUAUCUGAGGAUAAGAAAACCUGUGAGUGGAUAGCCAAUGGUACAAGCACCAUUUAUCCCCGUUACAAAUGCUUCAGCAUUAUCGAGUUUUUUGGCUUGAUAAAGUGCUCUUUUAUACUGCCCAUCAUUGGAAAGGACAAGGAAUUGGGCACUAUUUUCAAACUUUUCGAGCAGCAGAACGUUGGAAUAGUGACGGAUAAGUGGAUUGUGACGGAUCGAACUAUGUUAGAUCCCAAGAGCGACGAUUUUGCCGAAAAAGCAGCUUCAAUCAUAUUGGAUAACCAGGAAGUUGUGCUCUACGUUGAUCGUGGGAGCAAAACAUCUAUUGCCGAGCAGGGCUUCAAGCUUAAAUACUGCUUUUGGCGCCUACAAUUUACAUUCUUUUAAAUGUAUUUGUUUAAAACCUCCUCGUCGUCGUUUUAAAAAUUAAAUCCGAAAAAUAAUUAAGGAACGAACAAAAAAAAUUCUAACAUAAAUACAAACAAGACAAAAUUAUGAACAAUGUUUUAAUUAAAUUUGCAAUAAUUUAUACAAUUUA